AUGUGUGAAUAUUCCGAAGACCGAUUACAAGAGAUGAUCGAUGUCAAGAUCAAGCUCAACCGUGAGUGGUUUAGCGAUAAUAUUGAAGGAGAUAUCCUUGUUGAGAUUAAACCAACGUGCAAAGCAAAAAUUCGUGUUAAAGAUAUUACGCUAUUUCUACAAGGUUUAGAGAAAUUGGAAUAUCAGGUGGAAGAGAAUAGAAAGUUGGUAUGGAAAACGGAGGAAAACAAGGCUUUGCAGCAGGAAAUUUCAAUUGCAGGAGAUGGCAACCUUCCAAAAGGUUCUUAUGUUUAUUCCUUCUCGGAACGGCUUCCUAACGGUUUACCUGGAUCUUUCUUUGAAGAGACAACUCAUCUUGGAAAGCAGAUUAAGGCCAGAAUCUCAUACUUCGCUUCAUGCGUUGUGGAGCUACUAAUUAAUAGGGAAAAAGAGUCACAAUUUGUGACUAUUCAUCAACAAUUUGAGGUGUUUGAAAAAGUUGGAGACAAAAUAGCAAAAAAUUUAUUUGCAAGUAGAAUUAAUCAAUCCUGUGGGUUAUUAUGGAAAAUAUCAAGUCAAAAAGAUAUUUUCUGUAGGAAAGAGGCAUGUAGAUUUUAUUCAGAAAUUGUGAACGAAGGACAAAUGAGCGUCUCAAAUAUUGAUGUUAAAUUAUUCCAAGUACUCUACUUGAAAACUCCAAAUAAUAUAGGUGGUACACCUGACAGAAUAAUGAUGGAAAUCUGCAAAAAGAAUUAUACUGGAGUAUUGGCUAGAUGUAAAGACAUGAGAAAUAUUACAUUUGUACUCAGCCCUACCCUGCCAAAUUAUUUUUUAUAUCCUCAAACAACGAAUGGAACAUUAAUUAGAACAGAAUUCAUAUUACGAUUUUCUCUUGACAAUUUGGUAGACAUUAAUGUACCUAUUCAAAUUGUUUUCAAACAAGAUAUUCAUGUCAGGCCUCAAAAUAGAGGAAGCGUAAUUCUUUCGGACAACGUUAAAUCCAACAACAGAAAGUCAAAAAGUUUUUAUGGAGAAAUUGAAGAUUAUGAAACAGAUCACUUCAAAAACCCAAAGGAAGAUGAUCACUAUCAUGAAGUGGUGAGCUUAGAAAAGAAGACAGGUUGUUGUACCUUGCUAUAA